UCUUUACCUCCAUCUUAUAUCUAAAAGUAAUAUCUCACAUGAUCAUACAUAACUGAAGGCAGGGGCGGACUGACAGCUCAUGGCCCCCCGGGCAAUAGGGGAUCAUGGGGCCCCUGUGUCCUUGCCCAAACUCAAAAAAGCAUAUGAAAAAGGUAUCAGGGGCAUCUCAUGGGGCCCCCUACUGACCCCGGGGCCUCGGGCAGUGCCCGAGUUUCCAAAUGGUCAGUCCGCCCCUGGUAACAGGAUG